AUGUCUUUCCUAAUUGCGGCUACUAAUAUACAAAAGCCUUUUAUCUUGCUUUUCAAAUUCAGUUUGGUAAUGGUUGUUGGGCUACUAAAAUUACACUGCCAUGGUGUGCCCACUGCCACUGGAAAUCACACCAUAGCGACAACAACAACAAAUGAGACCGCAACUAAAGAUAAGCUAAUGACACUCAGCAGAAGCAAUGGCCAGCAAAGAACACUUUAUGCAAGUGAAAUGCACGAAAAUCUAAAUGCAGCAACAACAACUAGAACAAGUCUGGGGGAGGUGGGCACAGAAGCAACUGCAACAACUGCCACCACAUAUGAGCAACAUUCCUUUGCCACAAAUAACAGCAUCGACAUUGCCGUGUCACCAAUGAUGAGUCAAUUACCAGCUGAUGUAGCUUUAAGUUUAAAAGGGUCCACCCAAACUGACAGCGCAACCCCCACCACCACCGCCGCCACUUCCAGCGGCAAUGGGGCACCAGCCAAACGUUUUCAUCACCAAUUGAACUUCUCUCAGCAUCAGCAACAACACCCACUUCCCACCAUUACACCUGCAAUGCAAGUGGCGCGUAUUUACGAAUCCUUUCGCGCGCUGCCUGAGAUGGAUCUACACUCUACUGGAGGUCUGCCACGUUUCAAACGGAUGUCAGAUUUAACAACGGACGACAGUCCAGCCACAACAACAAACACAAGCAUAACCACUGCAUGGCCGACAACGACAGCCACCACAGCGACAAGUGUGGACGCCAAUGUGACAACAGCAACAAAUAUGCGUAAGCGCACGGCCUCGGCAGACAUGUUGAGUCGCAACAUAUCCAUUAUUUUGGAAAAUCUACUUAAAAGCUAUGAGCAGUCACAACUGCCAACACACGGACAAGGUGUGCCAACGGUGGUGCGGACCAACAUUCUUAUACGCAGCAUGGGGCCAGUGUCGGAAUUGGAUAUGGACUACUCCAUGGAUUGCUAUUUUAGACAGUAUUGGCACGAUAAGCGGCUGAGCUUUCAGGGUCCCAUACAAAGUCUUUCUCUGAGCAUUAAGAUGCUAGAUAAGAUUUGGCGGCCGGACACGUAUUUUUUCAAUGGGAAACACUCACAUAUACACACCAUCACUGUGCCGAAUAAAUUACUGCGCUUGGAUCAAAAUGGUGGCAUCUUAUAUUCCAUGAGACUCACGAUAAAAGCGACCUGCCCAAUGGAACUAAAAAAUUUCCCGAUGGAUUUACAGUCGUGUCCACUAAUAAUCGGCAGUUAUGGUUAUACAAAUCGCCAACUCGUCUACGAAUGGAAGGGCGAAGCUGACGCGGUGUCAUUUGUGCCCGGUAUGACAUUGAACCAAUUCGAUUUGAUUAGUAUGAAACACCGUAAUUUCACCUAUACAAGGCGCGAGGGAGAUUUCUCAGUGCUGCAUGUCGCCUUCAAUUUGAAACGACACACUGGCUAUUUUCUCAUUCAGGUUUAUGUACCCUGUAUAUUGAUUGUGGUCUUGUCGUGGGUGUCCUUCUGGAUUCACCGUGAAGCCACUAGCGAUCGUGUGGGUCUUUGCGUGACUGCUGUACUCACUCUAUCCACCAUUAGUUUGGACUCGCGCACCGAUUUGCCGAAAGUAAAAUACGCAACAGCCCUGGAUUGGUUUCUGUUGAUGAGUUUCCUUUAUUGCAUAGCAACAUUGUUGGAGUUUGCGGGUGUGCAUUAUUUUACAAAGGUUGGCAGUGGUGAAAUUCCCAUAAGUGAGGACGAAUGGGAAGACAUUGACGAUGGUGUGCCUGAUGAAGAGGGAGAAGAGGAUAUACAAAGUUGCUCGAUAAAACGCAGCAAUGAAUCUGUUUGCGAACUACAACAUCCUUUGGCUGGCAACUUUUGCAAACGCAAUACGAUGAUAUGUCCCAUUUAUAAUGACCCAGCACAAAUAUAUCCGGCGCCAUCUUCGCAUGCCUCUACCAUGGAGCGUACCACGCAAACCGAGCCACCAGUUAUCUCCAAGGCACGACAGAUGUGGCUUUGUUUUAUUGGUGACGAGAAAUUUAGAAAACAGCGCGAACGCGAUGCAGCAGUGGCAAAAGGUACCCGUUAUGUCAACAGCGUCUCACUUAUAGAUCGAGUUGCUCGCGUUGCAUUCCCCAUGUCUUUUGUGUUCUUCAAUCUGCUCUAUUGGUUAGUAUAUGGAAUGUACAAAAAGGAGUUCACUUGGUCAACAAUAAAGGGCUAAGAAUCCAAAGAUCAUAAAAAAAAACCGUAGGGAAGCAUAUCAGACAUACAUAUACACGUAUGUAUGUACUCACAAAGAGUGUUAAAUCAAUUCGAGGGAAGCCAAAUUUAUCAAAAUCAAAUAUUUAUAGGAAAGCAAAUAAAAACAAACGUCAACGCUUAGUUAACAUAAUCAGAGCAAUAAAAACAACAAACACAUCAACAUCGAGCUUCUUUUAUAUUUAAUUAGCCAACAUAGUGAAUAUUUAAUUAUAGUUAUAAUCGCUUAUAUUAUUAGUAAGCAAACAUACAUACACUUACUUAUGUAUACAAAGCAAACCAAUACAAAUUUA